AUGGAGCCCCUCCAGCAUCAUCUUCCGCAAACUUCGCUGGCUUUUCUCGCCUUACUGGCCGUCCCGAUAACGGCGCUGGUAUGGGAUCGCAUAUUGAACCCACUUCCGACAACAAAGCGGGCUUGGCUUGUUGGCAAGAAGCAACCAUCUCGGAUCACUUCACUGGAGUGCCCCUACAGCUACAUCCGCCAAAUCUACGGUAAACACCACUGGGCCCCAUUUGUCGACAAGCUGGCGCCCAGCCUCAAGUUGGAGGACCCGCCGAAGUACCAGCUGGUCCUUGAGAUUAUGGACGGCAUCCAUCUCUGUUUAAUACUGGUUGAUGAUAUCUCGGACGGGAGUAACUUUCGCAAGGGACAUCCCGCCGCGCACAAGAUAUACGGCCCUUCAGAGACUGCGAACCGUGCCUACUAUCGCGUGACACAACUUUUAAACCGGACCGUCCACGAAUUUCCUCGUCUUGCGCCCUUUCUGAUGCAGUGCCUGGAGGAGAUCCUGGAAGGCCAAGAUAUGUCCCUUGUAUGGCGAAGGGAUGGUCUUGCCAGCUUUCCAGUGGGUCCAAAGGAACGGGAUGCAGCAUAUCGGCAAAUGGCGUCGCUGAAAACGGGCGCAUUGUUUCGUUUGCUCGGUCAGCUGGUACUAGAGAAUAAGUCCAUGGAUGCUACCAUGACUACGGUGGCGUGGUGCUCACAGCUGCAGAAUGACUGCAAGAACGUUUAUUCGACCGAUUAUGCGAAAGCCAAAGGUGCACUGGCAGAAGACCUGCGCAACGGCGAGCUUUCCUUCCCCAUAGUGGUGGCAUUGGAUGCUCCCGAGGGUCAUCUGAUAGCGCGCGCCUUGGAAUACGGCUCACCCCAUAAUAUCCGUAAUGCUCUACGAGUAAUUCAAAGAGAAGAUGUGCGUAGCGCCUGCUUGUGGGAUUUGAAGAAAUCAAGUGCCUCCGUACAGGAUUGGCUGGAAGUUUGGGGUCGGAAGGAAAAAAUGGAUGUCAAGAGUGUGAAGCCGUAA